AUUGAUUUUCAACGUGUCUCCAAUGAAUCUGACUCCUCUCCCUAUGUUAGACGGAUCCUUUUUCCACAAGGAAAUCCUUACCCACAGAAGCGCGCAAUUACCUUCAACAAGCAGAGCAAAGAUUCCACUUUUUACGUCAAUUAUGCUGAUGUUAAGCCUCCAUUUGACCUGUACGUCUAUUCCAAAUUGAAUAUACUUUAG